GUUUCAAAUGGCCACUAACUUCAACGAAGACAAGAUUUUUCGAAUAAACAAUCGACUAUGCCACUUUUCGAACAAUGGUGCAUUUCUAGCAGUGGCAUUCCAAACAAAUCUGCUUAUAAAGAAUACAAAAACUCUUGAUACUUAUCGAUCGUUUGUAUUCGCGGAUGUGAUACAGUAUAUGGAAUGGUCUUUAAACAGCGAAUAUAUUCUUUGUGCGAAUAUAAAAAAAGCUAUCGUUCAGGUAUAUUCACUACACUAUCCUCAAUGGAAAUGUAAACUUACUGAAGGCAGUUCAGGUUUGCAAAGCGUUACCUGGUCUCCAGAUAAUAAACAUAUUUUUACUUUAGCAGAUUUUAAUAUUCAAAUAUCUAUUUGGAAUUUGGAAGACCAGAGUGUAUCAUACAUACAGAAUUUAAAAACAUCUUCCUUCAAUAAAUUACAUUUUGACCCUAAUGGUAAGAGAUUAGCAGUAAUAAUUACAGAAGAAGAUCAAGAUAAAGUGGAGAUUUAUAAAACUGAUAACUGGAAGAUAAGUCGAAAACUUAUCUGCGAUCGUUUACGUAGCAUUGACGGAAUCCGCUGGUCACCGAAUAAUGAAUUAUUAUGCAUAUGGUGUUCUUCUCCCGCUGAACCUAAAUUGAUCGUCUAUUCCACCGUGUGGGAGAAACCCGUGACAGCGUUUUCCCCAUCGGAAAGGAUAGAGUCGUCUGAACCGUGCAAUUAUGGAAAAGAGCUGAGAGGAAUUGAAAACAUUGAAUGGAUUCCCAGUGGACAGUUAUUGGCUGUAAUUGGUUUUAACGAAGUGAUCAUUCUUCUCAAUUACAUCACAUGGCAACCACUAUCAAAAUUAUAUAUGGAUCCAGUAAUCAGGGAUUGUAAUUACUUAACGAAAGUAUAUAAAGAAUUUGCUGAUUCGGAGAAAGCUUCCGAUAAACGUUUUGCAUCGUGCGAGGAACGCAUUUUACGUGAAAUAUACGAGCGACCUGUAUGCAUAGAAAUUGGGAAGAAGGACAAUAAUGACAAUUUUUCAGUAGCAAAGAUGAAGCUAUUUGAAUUUAGCACAUGCGGCCAAUAUUUAGCCUUGAAACAUGAGCUUUAUCCUACUACAUUAUGGAUAUGGGAUAUCUAUACAGAUUAUUUGGAUUAUUUACUACUUGAAAAUUCCAUUACAGCUGUUAAAUGGAGUCCUGUUCAAUCACGAUUGCUUGUACUCUCUGAAUGUACACGCGUAUACGAAUGGACCCAAAAAGGCGUUAACUCUUUACCAAUGUCUAAAAAUAUGUCAAUUGUCGAUGCACAUUGGCAUCCUACAGGAGAAAAAGUUGUAUUAUGCGGUUAUAACAAAGCAAUGAUUUAUGAAAUCCCAAAUCUGAAUGAUAAUAGUUAGAAUAAUAAUUUUAUUGUAAAUUUGUUAUAUAUUUAUAUAUAAUACGAAUAUUAAUAUAUACACGUUAAAGUAUCUUCAAGCUUGUGGCAUCUGGCAAGUAUAUUAGAAGUAAGACAUCAAUUUUUAUACAUCAUUUUACUGUAAUUUAUUAUAUAUGUAAUUAAUUAAU